GUUCGCUCCGUAAUUAAUAAUCACGAGCUAAGCCUUCGCUGUAGUAGGAUUGGUAGAACGGCUAGCCGGAUGGGGCGUAGUGCUGCUGCUGUAUCCUCUGGGAUGCUUCAUCGUCGGAUAUAUGAAAACCAACCGCUCUCAAAUUAAUGCAAUGAACGCGUUAGCAAUAAUUUCGUCAUUCGUCAAUUGCAGAUAGUUUGUAAUUGAUGUGUUAAAUCUAAAAUCCGUAGCUGUGAAGCAUUGUCAUUUGUACCCUGCGCUCUCGGGAUCACCUUCGGACAUCAGUGGCAUUAUUAUCAGCGAUUUAUCGAAAUGAAAGUGACGGUGGAUUUUGAAGAAUGUCUCAAGGAUUCGCCGCGGUUCCGGGCCACGGUAGAAGAGGUGGAGGGAGACGUUGGAGAACUGGAGUCAAAACUUGACAAGCUGGUGAAGUUGUGUAUAGGGAUGAUAGAUGCCGGACGAGUGUAUAAUCAGGCCAACAAGCAGUUUGUGAACGGAAUCAGAGAACUGGCACUGCAGUCCACCAGAGAUGAGGUCGUCGGGUGCAGUUUAGCUGCGUUUGCUGAGACACUGCAGGAAAUGAACAACUAUCACACAAUUUUAUUCGAUCAAGCCCAGAGAUCCAUCAAGUCUCAGCUUCAGGCUUUUGUGAAGGAAGACUUGAAGAAGUUUAAAGACGCUAAGAAGCAGUUUGAUAAAGUGAGCGAGGAGAAGGAAGUGGCUCUGGUGAAAAACGCUCAGGUGCCUCGUAACAAACAGCACGAGGUGGAGGAGGCCACCAACAUCCUGACCACCACACGCAAGUGCUUCCGUCACAUCGCCCUCGACUAUGUGCUGCAGAUUAAUGUGCUUCAGUCUAAAAGAAGGUUGGAAAUCCUCAAAUCGAUGUUGUCCUAUAUGAACUCCAACUUCACGUUUUUUCAUCAAGGAUAUGAUUUGUUCAGUCAACUUCAGCCUUUAAUGAAGCAGCUCGGCGGUCAGUUGGAUAUGCUGGUGGUGGAUUCAGCAAAGGAAAAGCGAGACAUGGAGCAGAAACACUCAACUAUCCAACAGAAGGCUGCUUUGCAGGAUUUCUCCACCGAUGACACAAAACUAGAGUAUAAUGUGGAUACAGAAAAUGGAAUAGCCAUGGAGGGAUAUCUCUUUAAAAGAGCAAGCAACGCCUUUAAAUCCUGGAACAGGCGCUGGUUCUCCAUUCAGAACAGUCAGCUGGUUUAUCAGAAGAAGUUCAGGGAUAACCCCACGGUAGUGGUGGAAGAUCUGAGGCUGUGCACUGUCAAACACUUUGAGGACAUAGAGCGACGCUUCUGUUUUGAAGUCGUGUCCCCUUCCAAGAGCUGGAUGAUGCAGGCUGACUCGGAGAAGCUGCGGCAGGCGUGGAUCAAAGCCGUGCAGAACAGCAUCGCCACAGCCUACAGAGAGAACGGCGAGGAAGAUACUGUUAGUCUGGACAGGCACUCGUCUGCGUCUCUGGGCAGUCUGGACUCGGGCUGCGAGUCGGUGAAGCCGGUUAAGGGUGAGAGCGCUCUACAGAGGGUGCAGGCCGUCCCUGGAAAUGAGUUCUGCUGUGACUGCGGACAGUCUGAUCCACGCUGGGCCAGCAUCAACCUGGGCAUCACGCUCUGUAUCGAGUGCUCUGGCAUUCACAGGAGUUUAGGAGUUCACAACUCAAAGGUGCGAUCUCUCACGCUGGACUCAUGGGAGCCAGAGCUCCUUAAGUUAAUGUGCGAGCUGGGUAAUGGUGUCGUCAAUCACAUCUACGAAGCUCGGAGAGAAGAGAUGGGCGGCAGGAAACCUCAGCCCGGAGAUCCCAGACAGGAGAUCGAAGCCUUCAUCCGAGCUAAAUAUGUAGAGAAGAGGUUUGUCGUGAAACCGACAGCUCAGGAGCAGAAGGAAAAGAUCAUGGCGUUGAGGAAGCAUGACAAGCGUGUGAAGGGAAACAUGGAGUUUCUGCCCCCGCGGCCGCCCCCUCCAACACCUAAACUCCGCACCACCUCCAGUACCUCAGCUUCCCUCAGUGGCCAGGAGGUGCGGCGCGACUCGCUGUUCUGCCCCGAUGAGCUUGAUUCUCUCUUUUCUUACUUCGACACGUCCUCAAAGCUGCGGAGCCUGAGGAGUACAGACAGUGGUAUUCAGAACAGUGCAGAUGGGAGCAGAGAGAUGUUGGCCUCCACCCCGUCCAGCAAUAGCCUGAGUGACGCAGCCCAGGAGCCCCCGGACAGUGAUUCACCCAUGUCUGUGAAUCAGAUGAACUGUCCUCCUGUGUUCUCUGAGUUGACCGAUUUCUCGGCUGGUCCUCUCCUGUACUGGGCGUCCUGCGCCUGCAGUCUAACAGACAUGGUGGAGGCGCUGGCUCACGGAGCCGAUGUCAACUGGGUCAACGGUGAAGACAACAAUCGGACUCCGCUCAUACAGGCCGUACAGGGGGGUUCACUGAUCACCUGUGAGUUUCUGCUUCAAAACGCCGCCAACGUGGACCAGCAGGACAUUCGUGGCAGAGGACCACUGCAUCACGCCACCAUACUCGCUCACACGGGUCAAGUUUGUCUGUUUCUAAAGCGAGGGGCCAAACAGAACGCCGUGGACGUGGACGGCAGAAGUCCACUAUCCAUCGCCGUCGAGGCGGCCAACGCAGACAUCGUCACUCUGUUACGAUUGGCGAAGAUGAAUGAGGAGAUGAGAGGUACAGACGGAGCGUUUGGCCAGUCGGGUCAAUUCUCUCAUUCCCAGAGUCACACCGAGCAGCAGUAUAAGAAAUGCAUUCAAGAAUUCAUCACCUCACAACUACAGGAGUCGUAAAGCUCAACACACCGUCAGAAUGGGAAUCUUCCUCCUGCAGAUGAGCGUAUAACUACAGCUACGCAUUAACACCGGACGCCACCGCUGUGCUGCACACAAAUCUUCCUGGUGGAUAUUUAACAAACCUCAUCCUUUAGUUGGUUUUGUAGAGUGUCUGAAUCGUAUUUAUUGAUUUUGAAGCCAAGUGACAUCACUCGCCAGCAGUCACCAGACAGCACAAAUACUUGUAUUAAUAUGCAUUUUCUUUGGUACGCUUUCAGAUUUUGGAGCUGUGUUGUAUCACGUAUUGGAUUUUUUAAACAUUUCUUAUCGCACCGGUGCUCGUUUAAGACCGAAUACUUGGUCUAUUGUAUUUCAAAAUCAAAUCAACGUAGCCUAAAAUUGAAAAGUAAAUCGUUUUAACAUCAGGAUGGUGCUUGUUUGUUCCUGAGCAGGUUCAAACGUUUUGCUCGACGUCAGCAUUUUCUAAUCAUCCGUUAUCAUUGAAAUAGAUACCUUGAAAAUUUGAUAUAACAUUGUAUUGAAAUCCGUAUAUGACUGAAGCAGUGGGUUACAGUGCAUUUGAUAACGUGCCCCAACGCCCUUAGCUGUUAUAAAAUGCACUGUAACCCACUGCUUCACGGGGCGUAUUGCUUUUCUAAAACUGUUAUUCCAUAUGCGUAGCAAGGUUUCAUAAAAUAAAGUAAAUAAAGUGAUAUUUCGGCCAUGUGAUGCGGUCAGCAGUUAUAAAUCAGGGUAUUUUAGAACAGCUUAGAACUCGGCUCAGCCAAUCAGAAUCAAGGACCAGAACUGACCGUUUUAUAAUCACCAUGUUUACAUGCUCGUGGAAUUUCCAUGAACUGUGGAAUUUGGUCAUAUUAACCCAACAAAGGCCGUAAUCCAGCUAAAAGAAGUCCAAACAAUUCUGAGACGUAUCAAGAUGACGUUAAUCAGAAUAUUUAUACCGUAUCUGCCAACGUUAAGAAGUUUCACAUUAGGCACAUUGAAAAAAAUCGAAGCGUCGUAAAUGUCCCAUCAUGACACUAAAGUUGGUCAGACUUUUGUGUGACAUGAGAAUUCAUUCAAUGAAACCUGUAAAGAAUUACUAAAUAUUAUUCUCAAUUUAUGAUGAUUAAGUGUAUGCAGGAAUACGAGUCUCAGAAUAUGAAUCUUAAUCUGAAAAAUAAUGUGCGUGUAAAUGUGGUCAGUGGUUUAUACGAAGUCUAAAUGUGUUAUGAUUUAGCAUUGAUGUGAGGUGAUACUGUACCUAUAUCUUCAAGUUUAUAUGAAUGGAACGCUUCAACUCGUAUAGAUGCUUUCAGCGACAACAUAAACGUGCGUUACUGCGCAUGCGCGCGUGCAUGGACCGCCCUUAACUUCCGGUGCACAUUCACAAACAAUAGAGUGCCUGUAGAUUAUUUCUCAUAACAAGCAAAAGAAACCGAGAAGAAGCGUUACUUGGCUAAACUUGUCUCUCUAAUAUUUUGAAUUUAGACUGCGAUACCAAGCUCAACCACUAGAUGUCAGUGAACCACACGGUUUCUUAAAAUGCGAAAAAACUACAGGACCCAUUCGACAAAUUGUUUAUUUAAUGAAAUGAACAUCCAACAAAAUUUUACAAAUCGUUUAAUUAAUACAAUUAUUAUACAAAUUAAUAUUAACAUAAAUUAAAUAAAAUCUAAAUAGUUAUGUUUUUAGACACUAGCCAAACACAAACCGGAAGUUAACUGCAGUCCAGGCGCGCGCGUCCGAUGAAACGGUCUAUAAGGACUCAUCUCUGGAUUGGUUUAGCAUGGUGGCCUUUGCACAUUCAUUGCAUGUAAAUUCAGUUAAAUGGAAAUGCGUCUUGUAAACCCCGGUUUUAAAAGUUUGGUGUCAAAUUCCAAACUACCUCAAGCUAAUGACAUCUUAAAGACAAACAGGUGAGACAAACACUUUGAUCACUGUGCAAAGGCCUUUUAAAGGGACAGUUCACCCAAAAAAGAAAAUUCUGUCACAAAUUUACUUACGUUAGUUGUUCCAAUCCUGCAUAAUUUUUUUGUGUGGUUGAACACAGAGAAAGAUGUUUGGAAGAGUGCUUGUAACCAAACAGAUCUCGGACCCCAUCGACUACCAUAGUAGGAAAAAAGACAACGGUAGUCGAAAGCGUCCCAGAACUGUUUGCUGUCCUACAUUCUUCAAAAUAACUUCUUUUGUGUUCAACAGAACAAAAAAAUACUAAAGUAAUUUUUCCUACUAUGGGAGUCAAUGGGGUCCAAGAACUGUUUGGUUAUAAGCAUUCUUCCAAAUAUCUUUCUCUGCGUUCAUCAGAACUAAGAAUUUUAUACAGAUUUGGAACAACUCGAAGGUGAGUAAAUGAUGACAGAAUUUUCAUUUUUGGGUGAAGUGUUUCUUUAAAAAGCAGAUUUUGUUCUUACAAAGAAACUCUUCCAUCUUAUCAUCAGUCAAAAAUGGGACGUUUGUAAAGUUCAUGUUUAGUCGUCAGGGACUCUGGGAUGUCUGUCUUCAGUCAUUGGUUCAUUAUUGUAACUCGCAUGUGCUUGUGAAAUGAUACGUGUUGUUCGUAUAUAUACCAGCGACCUCUGGCCAGGUGCUAAUCUGAAUUCAUGCUACUGUAACCAUUCCCUGUAAAUAUUACAUCAUCACCAGUCAUCAUAUAACCGGAUGUAAAUACAUUAUAUGAAGCACAUUUCAGCGGACCAGUUAAGUGAAAACCAGCAUACUGAAAACUUUUGGAUUUUAACGUCAUUCUGGAACCAUUUUAAUAUUGCAGCGUUAUAGUUUGAUGCGUUCGUCUGGGCUAACCAACCCAAAGCUAAAGAUUUCAGAAAGGUUUUGAAGUUGAGCUCGUCGUUGCAAUGUCAACAACCGGGACUUCAUGGUACUUUGGAGUUUUAUGUUUUGCAUCAUGUAGCCUAUAAAGAUCAGUGGGAUGUCUGUGCUUCUUCUGAGGACACUUGAUGCGUGUGUCUGAAUGCAGUAGUGUGACUAUGUUUGGAACAGCGUACUAUGAAUACUUUCUGUAUGCUUGAAAUGUCUGGAAAUCCUACACGAUGCAACACGCUUGACCUACCGAUGGCAAAAUGAUGUUAAAUGAAACAUGCAAUGAAAUGAGGUCCUGCGAUGUAGCACACCACCGUUUCACAUACUAAUUUGUCUUAAAAUAGUAUGCAGCGCAAGUAAAUCUCGUAUUCUAUUCCAAGCGCAGCCGAGCAGUAGCAAUACACUGUAAUCACUCCAUAUGUCACACUGUAACUGUAUGAACAACAUGCCGUUCUCUUGUAUUUUACUCUUUGUGUCUCCACCCGUUACAUGCUGAAUGAUCCGUUUCGUGCGACCGUUUUGCUUUAAUCGCCUCCUAUUUCAUCCAGCGGACCGAUCUGUAGAACAGUCUGUCGAUGUGAAAUAUUAGCAUAAAGGUCUGCUUUUCUCUUGGUUUCUUAUGUAAAAGUAGUUCAUGAGAGUCUGGAGUGAAGCUUCAACUGGAAAAGGGCUCGAUGAAUGACCGGAGUCUGCAAACUCCUAUUGCUGAUGAUUGUCUGUAUUGGAUCAGAGUAUGUAGAAUGGAAGCCGUAGUAGAGACUUGAACCAUUUGUAGAUCCAUUAUGGCGUAGUUUAAACCACGUGGAUGUACAGUGCGUUUGUUAUAUCUCCACUGGACAGAAGAGACCUCACGCAUGGCGCUGCUGUUCCGCUCCUACACCUUCACUCUGGAGAUUGUGCCUUUUUCUGUUCUUGCAUUUUUCUUGUCAAUCUGCACUUUAACUAAUAAAUCUGUUUGUUG